AGCCCUAAAUUAGCCUGUUACCAGAAAAAGUUUUUGGAAACAGAAAACCAAAAUCCAAAUACAAUUCAACAACGGCGUCAGCGUGGUUGCCCUAGUCGGCGAAAUCCCACGCGCUUUCCCUCUCUUCGUCGUAUAUAAGCUGCUUGCACUUCUUUUUCUGCACGCAGUCUGUAGCACGCAAAGGCGAUAAAGAGAGAGAAAGGGUGUUAGGGUUUUUCUUCGACUUUACCGAAGGAAAUUGGCAGUUUAAUCUGCUGAAUCUGUGGCUUUUUAAAGUGGAGGUUGCUAAGUUUGAAGAUUUUAUGUCUGAACAAGCUUCUCAUUUUUUGUUGUCAAUUGGGCUGCUUGGAGAGUACUGUCCUACGUCAAGAAAAAAGAACAUACAUUCUUUUGAUAAAGUUGGCUGCAUGCAUCUUGGGCAAUUUCAGGACAAAUGCUGUCAGACUUGUAAGUUUAUGUGUUCUGCAGUUUCAAGGAACCUGUUCAGUGUGGAAGAAGGUUUUCUGACUACUGAAGAUUAUUCUCCUGUUGCCUGCUUUUUCACCUUCUGAUUGAUCCCAUUUAGUACACAUUGUACACUGCAGAAAUGGCAUUGCAAAAUAUUGGUGCUAGUAACAGGGAUGAUGCCUUCUACAGGUAUAAGAUGCCCAAAAUGAUAACCAAGAUUGAAGGCCGAGGAAAUGGCAUCAAGACUAAUGUGGUGAACAUGGUUGAAAUUGCAAAAGCAUUGGCUAGACCUGCUUCCUAUACCACAAAGUAUUUUGGUUGUGAGCUUGGAGCCCAAUCUAAAUUUGAUGGGAAGACUGGAACUGCCCUUGUUAAUGGAGCCCACGAAACUGCCAAACUUGCUGGACUUCUAGAAAUUUUUAUUAAGAAAUAUGUUCAGUGUUAUGGUUGUGGGAAUCCGGAAACUGAGAUUCUUAUUUCUAAGACGCAGAUGGUCACUCUUAAAUGUGCGGCUUGUGGAUUUGUCUCAGAUGUUGAUAUGAGGGACAAGCUUACAACAUUUAUAAUCAAGAACCCUCCUGAGCAGAAGAAGAAUUCAAAAGACAAGAAAGCAAUGAGGAGGGCAGAGAAGGAGAGGAUGAAGGAAGGGGAGGCAGCUGAUGAGGAGCUGAAAAGGCUUAAAAAGGAGGCAGCAAAGAAGAAGGGCACGUCUGCUGGUUCCAAGGAUGUAUUGUCCAAAAGCAAACCAAUCAAGAAGAAGAACAAUGUCUCUGAUGAGGAUCACUCUCCAGCUGGUAGCCAGGCAGAUGAGAAUGAAUCCGUGGGAGCCGAGGAUGAUGCUAGUAAUGUUCAGUGGCAAACUGAUACUUCUUUGGAGGCAGCUAGGCAACGUAUCCAGGACCAGCUAACUUCUGUUACGGCUGGGAUGGUUAUGCUUUCUGCUGGUGAAGAGAAGCCCAAGUCAGGGAAGAAUUCUCCAGAAUGCAAUGGGAAGACUGAAGUCAAUAAACAUCAGAAUGGGUCAAAGUUGACUGAUCCCCAGUAUAGACUUGUUGCUGAGAUUAAGGAAUUCCUAAAGAAUGGUUCAUCUGCAGGCAAGCUUAAAUCCUUUUUGGCCACAUUAUCUGGCACUUCUCAGGAGGUCAUGAAUGUGCUGAUUGAAGCUCUGUUUGAGGGUGUGCAGAAGGGGUUGGCCAAGGUGGCGGCCAAGAAGAAAAAUUACCUCAUGGCAGCUGUUCAAGAGGAGGGGUCCCAGAUGAUUUUGCUGCGUGCUAUUGAAUGUUUCUUUGUGAAGUCUAGCUCCGAGGGGGUGAAGGAAGCUGCCUUGGUUCUGAAAGUUCUUUAUGACUGUGAUGUCUUGGAGGAAAUGUUUAUAUUGGUGUGGUAUCAGCAGGGGUCGACAGGAGAGAAUAAAAAUUCUCAGAUUUGGAAGAAUGUCAAGCCCUUCAUCGACUGGCUGCAGAGUGCAGAGUCGGAAUCUGAAGAAGAGUGAUUUGGAUAUAACUGAUGCAGCUGCUGUUUCUGUCACUACCGCCACUGCUACUAUCUGUAUGCUGUUAGUAUUGCUUCUGCCAUUAUGCAAUAACAAUGCCCUUGUAUCGUGCUAAAUAAUGCCCAUGCUUCGUUGCAGGUUGGCUGCUAUAUUUACUAGUUUCUGAAGACAGGUGGAUGGUUAGGGUAGCUUUCUCAAAUUUUUUUUUUUUUUGUUGCACGAUGUGCUUUCGUUUAUCGCUGUCUUUUUUUUUUUUUUUUUGCAUUUUCCCUCCCCAUCAUGGCGUGUUUGGUUCGGGACAAGCUUUAUGUUGCUGCUUAAUGCUCUCUUUGUUACUCUUGUGUUUUGGUCGUCAUGGUUAAUUUGGUUCACUAUUUGUAGUGGGUUUUAUCCUCUCCCAUGGUUUGUAAACGAAAAAAGAUGAGUGAAUGUAUGACUUGGUUUAAUGGAA